AGAAGGGAGAGUGGUGGAAAGAGUUGAAAGAUGGGAGAAGAAGAAGAGAAGCAAAUGGAGGAGAUUAGGAAAAAGCUAAAAGAAGGUGAGAGGCUAUUGGCACCAACAAGAAGACCCGACGGAACCCUCCGCAAACCCAUUCGCAUACGCCGCGGUUACGUUCCUCAAGAUGAAGUCGCUAUUUACCAAUCCAAAGGCGCACUCUUGAGAAAAGAGAUCGCGUCGCAAUCGGGACCCCCCGGUUACGACCCUUCGCAAGACGAUAAACCCAAGACCAAAUCCGUUAAGAGGAACGAAAGAAAGAAGGAAAAACGGCUUCAGGCUGCUAUAGACAAGGGAAAGAAUGCGGAAGCGACUGUGUCUGAAGAUAGUGCAGAUCAAGAAUCGGUCAACUCGUUGACCUCCCAGGUUAAUCGGCUUUAUGUUACUUCUCAUUCUGUUGAAGAUUCCCCGGAAAUUGCCCAGCCACCCCCCCAAGAUUUAGAUAAAAAAAUUCGAGCGCUCAAAAAGAAGAUUCGACAUACAGAAGCACUGCAGCAGAAAACUUCCGAACAAGAUCUGAAACCAGAGCAGUUGGACAAGCUAGCAAAACUGGAAGAUUGGCGUAGGGAGUUAAAGCAAUUGGAGGGUGAGAAGGUUGAAACAACCACAUCAUGAACAAAGUAUUAGAAACAGCAUGACAAAAAUUGUGUAAUUUUCAUCCAUGUCUUCUUGAAGAUAUAGGAACGCUUUCAUGGAAAUUGGUUAAUCUGUCAAAAGGUUUUCCUUUAAUCGUCUUCUUUUCAUGUCAAAGGUUUUCUUGAAGAUAAAGUGGACUUCACAUUUGAUCUCAAAAACAAGUUACAAUCUGCAUGUACUGUUUACUUGAGAAUUGGUACGAGCUCUGAUUCCUUGCCAUGAAAUGUUCAUUAGGAAGCUUGUAGAAGUAUAGAAAUUUUGGUAAAUAAACCAAAAAGAUUGCUGCUGUAAAUGUCAGAUAGGUUCUAGCAGAACCCUUCCCUCAUUUCCUUUCUCAUUCUUUCAUCUGCAACAAUCUCCCAAACUCUUCCUCCAAGCUCCCUUUCAACAUUCCAUGAAUUGGUGGCUUUGCUUUGCUUAAGAGUUUUUAGCCAUUUCUCGCUUCUACAUUCUUCACAAUCUUCCAGCUGCAAGAAAUAUCGUGAUUCGUGACUGCUGUUAUUUCUUUUGUGGUCGUGAUGGCUUCUGUUUAUGAGAUCCAAGAAAAACUGGCAAGAUGGGGCUUGGCUCAUGUUGGGGCCCAAACUAGUUCGUUUCUCCUUCAUGUUUAAGUCCACAUUGCUCUUAACCAAAGAAAGAGUCCACAUUGCUCAUCGUCUCUAUGAUAAUGUGCAUGGUUAGUUAUGAC